AAUCCAAAUCUAAAACCUUUUCAUAAUCCAUCCAACCAACCAACAAACCAAAGCAAGGGGUACCGUACGUGAUUGCACGCACUCUCUGUCUCUCGCUUCGCUAUGAAUCUCAGAUCCCAAGGGCAAUAAAACCCUCACCACGUGUCAUAACUUAAUACGAUAAAAGAAAUCAACGGCGUUGAUGUUCUAUCUUACAAUGAAGACUAAUUGAAUCCAACGGUGGUAAAUAAGGACCGUAAAAACCUGAGCGGAAGAGACAUCGUACGCAACAACCGAGGAGUGUGUCUGUAGAAAGAACAGUGUGACUGUGUGAGUGAAGAAAGAGAGAGAUAUAAACACACACACAGCGCGCACCAUUCUCCACUGUCCAAGGAGAUCACGCACCGAACCUAACACACUCUCUUUCUCUCUCCUCUUUCUUCUUCGUUCGGUGCUUCAACUUGAAGUGUCUUCUUCUUCUUCUUCUUCUUUUCAUUCUGCUUCUUCUUUUCAUGUGUUUGAGUCGAAAGAGAUUGUUGUUGGUUCGGGUUUGGAGUUACUGACCCGAAUAAUGGAUCCGGGAGCGAUGAUGAACGAGGGUUCAUUUCCGAAUGGGAAUGGAAAUACGACGCCGUUUAGUUUAGCGGAGAUCUGGCAGUUUCCAGCUACGAUUAAUGGCGGCGAAGGUGGAUUGGGAUUAAGAAGACCACAGUUUGGUAACGGUUUAGGACAGUUUGCUGAUUUUGGAACCGGUUCCAACCGGGAUGUUAGUGGACCGGAGUCAAGAGUUGUUUUGAACCAUGGUGGUGGGAAGAAGAGGCGUGACUCCGAAGAUGAUUCUGCUAAGUGUGUUUCCACCAGCAAUGGCGGUGCCAAUGCCGUGAAUGACAGUGAUGGAAAACGGACUAAAGCAUCGGGGAACAGGAAUGAAGGUGGUGAUGGUAAAGUUGAAGGAGAAGCCAGUUCAGGAAAGCCUGCGGAGCAAAGCAGUAAGCCACCUCCUCCCGACCCUCCUAAUCCUAAGCAAGAUUACAUCCACGUUCGAGCUAGAAGGGGUCAAGCUACUGAUAGCCACAGUCUUGCAGAACGCGCUAGAAGGGAAAAGAUUAGUGAAAGGAUGAAAAUUCUUCAGGAUCUAGUUCCUGGUUGUAAUAAGGUUAUUGGGAAAGCAUUGGUCCUUGAUGAGAUAAUUAAUUAUAUCCAAUCACUUCAGCGCCAAGUGGAGUUUUUGUCGAUGAAGCUCGAAGCAGUAAAUUCAAGACUGAACACCGGCAUUGAAGCCUUUCCUCCAAAAGAUUUUGGUCAACAAACAUUUGAUCUUGCCGGCAUGCCAUUUGUUUCACAAACUACAAGAGAACCAAGUAGAGGUUCGUCCCCAGAAUGGUUACAUAUGCAGGUAGGCGGCGGUUUCGAAAGAACAACGUAGGGUAUCCCCCGACAUCUCUUCACCGUGUAAUAAUAAAAUGCAUAAACGAGCAGUAUUCCAUUUCCAUCAUUCAAUCAAUGGUUCCUAUAUUAUUUAUUAUAAAACAAAAAUGAUAUACUUAAGGUGUUAAAGUCCAAUGGACACUUCUUCAUUCCCAUUUUCUACACAAGUUAUGGAGUUGUCACUGUUUUCAACAGGACUUCUUUUAGUUUGUGGUUAAGCUUUGGAAAUGAAUUCAUUUACUCAAUAUUGUGUGUACUAUAGUGGACUUUCAGAGGUUUUAUUUGUUGGUAUUUAACUUGACUCUUAAAGCGAUCAUUCUUGUAUAAGAAUGCUGUUUGUCUUGAAUACAUAAUGCUUACAUUUUGUGUA